AUGAGCGGCAGCUCGAACCAAUCCACUCGAACGAGUCCAGGCUCUUUCGGAACGACCCAGCGCACUGAAUCGGUGUCCUCUGGUUCGUCGCCGACACAAAUCCCCUCCAAGGCGACUGCGACAACUCAGCAUGCGAUGUCGACCGACGUGUACAGCCCAUCGACAGUUGCGCCCAGCUCUCUAGCCCCCACCUUCACCUACCCGUUUUCGCCCCUCUCCUCUCCCCACGACGGCGCAAUGCGCCUAGGAUCAGCUCCGGAUAACAACCUCCAGGGCCUGAAUGGCUUUGGGCGCACUUCAAGCGGGAGCGGCGCGAUUUUGAUGCGCAAGCUCCCGCGCAACACCAGCAAGGAAGCGCUCCGCAGCAUGCUGCUUUUUGCCAAGGAUUUCGUUGAUGCCGAUUUCGUGAACUCCGACCUUCCCGAAGACGAUGGCUUUUUGAGCGCGAUCGCGCGCUUCAACACUUUGCCCGCCGCCGAGGAGGCGCGGGCUCUUCUCGAUGGAAAACCGAACUCCAAGAACGACGCGACCAUGGUGGUUGAGAUGUACCCGGGCGCUCUGGGAACGAACCUUUCGAACGCGCGUCGCAACACGAUCGAUCACACCAAUGCCCGUGGAGUUUUGGGUGGUGUUCCAUCAAACGGCCCUCUCUCUCGUCAAUCUUCGCGCUUCAAUGGUACUUUCCAGAGCCUGGAGAGACUCUCAGCGAAUGCGAUCAACCCAUCGGUGCAAGGUGGUCAUCUCGGUCAGGGACACAGCCCUGGCGAGCUCCAAGCCAUCGGCGAAUUCCGUACUCCUGCCUCUGCCAAUGCCUCCGACACCGGCUCUCGUCUGCACAAUCUUUUCUCGCCUCAGUCUCCAAUCGGAAACGGUGUUGGCGAUCUGCCCCGUGUGACCGGUAAAUCGAUGAUCGAUGAAGACCCUGACGAGGAGACAAAUGAGAUGCUGAAGGAUCCUAUCGGCUAUGCAGAGAAUGGACAUUCUGCAUCGGUCUCGGCUCCCCGACGAUCUACCAAUCCCCAGCUCCCCACUAGUCGAUUUGCCAAUCUCUCUCUUUCCGCGAUGUCGUCCCCGCCGCUGCCGAACUACGCUUCUGCCGAUCCGCGACAGCAACGCAUGAGUGUCAGUGGACCUCAGACACAAUACCAGAACUCGGUUGGUCACGCUCAUGGCCAUGGUUUCCCCUAUGGCAGCCAGCACACUCCGCGCCACAGUCUGCCCGCGGCGAACCCCAACGACUUGAACCCACCGUGCAACACUCUCUACGUGGGUAACCUGCCUCCGGAUACGUCUGAGGAGGAGCUCAAGGCUCUCUUCUCGAAGCAGCGCGGCUACAAACGACUUUGCUUCCGCAACAAGCAAAACGGACCCAUGUGUUUCGUGGAAUUUGACGAAGUUGCCAUGGCCAGCAAAGCACUGAAUGAGCUGUAUGGCUACAAGCUCUCCAACAGCGUCAAGACUGGCAUCCGCCUCAGCUUCUCGAAGAACCCUCUCGGUGUCCGCUCUGGCCAGCCUGGUAGCAUGAACCCAGCUGGUCCUCUCUCCGGCCCCGCGGUCCACCCCUGGACUCGCCGCCCCCCGGGACUGCAGAUGCCCAUGCCUGGCCGCCACGGUGGAGGUAACGCAAUGCACGGUCAGGGCCACCCUCACGCUGUGACCAACAACCCCUCUGCAUACCAUAACCCCAACACCGGUCCGGGAAUUCGCACUAAUGGAGGCAACUCGAUGAUGAUGUCGCCCCCUCCGCCGCCGUCUGCAGGCAAUGCUCCCAACGCUGCAGCCCAGAACAUGAACGGCUUCAACUCCUUCUACCCUGAUUACAUGAUGGGUCGUUAG